AUGUUCUCCGUUUUCCCCCGCAGGUAUCCUUGGCCCAAAGACCAGCCCCCAAACAACGCGCUCCAGGGUCCAAACAUAUGGCCCGACAGUGACUCCCUGGGGGAAGACUGGCGAGAUAGCAUGUCGGCGCUGUUCAGGUUGAUGGUGUCGGUGAACGAGGCCGUUGCGCGGGGUCUCUCGCUCUCCCUAGACCUCGGCCUGCAGGACCUCCCGGCCCUUUGCCAGGGGGGGGACACGAUCAGCCUCUUGAGGCUCUUCCACUACUUUCCCUACAGCAACGACGCUGCCAGCAACAGCAACAGCAGCGGCGGCGGCAGCGGCGGCGGCAGCGGUACCGGAAGUGGCAAUCGCAAGGACGAUGACGACGGCAGCGCCAAGGCCGUCGCCAGCACGGGCUCCGGCACCGGCGAAGAAAACUGUGGCAACGACGACACUGGCAACAGCGGCGGCAGCAGCGGCAGCCAAGAAGGAAGUGGUGCGGGAAACAUUGGGUCCAGCCCGCACACCGACUGGGGUCUGUCGACAAGCAUUCUCCAAGACGGGGCUGGAGGCCUUCAGUUCCUGGAGCAAGCGACUCAAAGGUGGGUGGACGUCCCUUGCGCCCAGGAAGACGCGCUGGUGUUCAACUGUGGCGACUACCUUUCGCUUCUGAGCAACGGCCGCUUGAAGUCUCCGGUGCACCAGGUGGUGACGACCGGCGUCGAGCGGACAUCGGUCGUGUUUUUCUACUACAGUAUCCCAGCUUCGACGCCAAGCUACCCGUCACCGCUCCGCGCGACGACGCGAGUUCCAGCGCAGGAGCAACCUCAACAAACCCGGCAGCGACGGCGGUUACAGCGACAACGGCAGCCACGGAGGAGCCAGUCACGCGCGAGCCGCGGGAGACGAUCGGGUCGUACAACACCUUGCUGGACCUCCGCAAUAAGCAGCGGGGUGGCGACGCUGCAGCGGCAACAGCCGUAG